AUGGAAGGCAUUCCCUACCAGGUCGAACAUAAACUGUUCAGAGUGAGCCGAAAAACCGGAAAAAUCCCGUUUAUAGAUUACAAUGGAGAAGAAGUGUCAGAUAGCGAGUAUAUUCUGGAGUUCUUGAGUAAAGAGAAAAACUUCGACCUGCACAGAGGCCUCACGCAGGAACAGAUCGGAAUCGGCAGGGCCUUCCAGAAAAUGGCAGAGGAAAAUACUUACUGGUGCUUUAUGGCAGAUCGAUUGGUUCUUGACGAAAACAACAUAGGCUUGAAGGAGCUUAAAGUUCCUCGCAUCUUCUGGCGGUUAUAUAAAAGCAAAGUGUGGAAACAGCUGUAUGCGCAAGGUAUCGGACGCCAUCCACCCGAGAAAAUUCGUCACAUUAUGUCAGGAGAUCUUAAGGCGCUGUCUGACUACCUAGGAUCUAAGAAGUUCCUGUUCGGUGACAAAGCGUGCAAGUUCGACUGUGCUAUUUUCGGAAUUCUGGCAGAGAUCAGAUGGGCGUCAUUUGGCGGACUUGGACCAUUUGUCAUAAAAGAGUAUCCUAACCUAUGCGACUACUGUGAACGAAUGAAGGAAACGUUCUGGCCGGACUGGGAGGAGAUGAUACAGACAGACUGUACGAAAUAG